UUUAACGUACCAGUAUUUUGUGUCAUUGACUUUAGAAGGAGUCGCUAAGACUUAAAACGUUUAUCGAUGUGUUUAUGUUAGAAGGUGUAUGUGAAUAAAACUUGCUGCAGGAGCACGUGUGAGAGAAAUUUACACGAACAUAUGGCAGAUAAACAAAGAACUGUUGUUGUGGCUAUGGAUGGGAGUGAACACGCUAUAAAGGCAUUCAAAUGGUUUUGUAAGUCAAUGAAGCGUGACAAUGAUAAGGUGGUCAUGGUAUACUCAGUGGAGCUGUAUGGUGACGUCUACUCUACACAGUGGCUUAGUGUUCCAUACUCUGGACCAUCUCUUACAGAAAUGAUAGAGAAACAACGAAGGGAGGUCAGAGAAAAGCUCGACGAAUUUGCGAAAAUGAUGAAGAGCGAACAUGUACCAGGGACUGUAAAAAGUGUUCAUUCGGAUGACCCAGGAGAAGGAAUCAUUAAAGCAGCAGAGGAACUCAAAGCUGACAUAAUUGUGAUUGGGUCACGUGGUCUUGGUGCAGUUCGAAGGACUAUUUUAGGGAGUGUCAGUGACUAUGUUCUACAACAUUCCUCUAUUCCGGUGGUUGUUUGUCCUGUGCAAUCCUGAUACAUAUUAUAGUACUUUUACAAACAAAGUAGUUUCUGACAUUGUAGAUUGGUAUAUACAAUCUGUGUUGAAAUAGAAAUCUCAGGCUCAUUAUUAUUUGCAUUGAAUGUUUAUUUAUUGUUUGGGUAUGUUGUGGAUGAAAGUGAGAUUAGAAGGUACUUGGUUACCAACUUAUACUCAAUAAUGUAAAGAAUUCAUCCUGACAUACAAAUAAAUGUUUAAAAUUA